UACCGCUGAAUAUGGAAGACGUGCAGUGGUCUUGUGCUGGAGGAACCGUUUAAAAAACUCAAUUUAAAUCUUUUUUUCGUUGUUUUAUGUAAAAGUACAACUCAGGCAUUCAUUAUUUCAAUCUAAAUAUGAAUACCAUGUGAUAUUGCAGUAAAGGAGUCCUUACUUAAGAUGCACCAAUGAGUUUUAUUGUUAACUAUUAAAACCUGUAAAAUGUUAUACUGAAUGGACCCAUUAUAUGAUUCUGGGAUCAAGUUACUGUGAGAUUCUUAAUCAAACUUUGAUGAGGAGAUGUUCAUGAAACUUCAAGCGUCUUCAGAUAUUGGCAGAGAUGCACAGAUAAUGGAAAUACAUCACUGAAAUAUUUGUUAGAAAUAAAAUAUUAAAACGAAGAGAAAAAAAUAAUAUCCAUAUAUUGUGGUGAAAGAAGAAAAAUUAUGGAAAAUGAAUUACAUGAGAAUCAGGUUAAAUGUAAAACACAGCCUAAGAUGAUUUGUUUUCCUGAUGAGAUGCUGAGAAAGAAAGCAAAAGCAUCUUACCAAUGUGAUGUCUGCAACAAGUCAUUCUCUCAAAGAAGUCACUUGAUUAUUCAUAAACGUAUUCAUACAGGAGAAAAACCGUUUCACUGUGAUAUCUGUGGUGAGUCUUUCUCACGAAAAGGUCACUUGACCACUCACAAAUACAUUCAUACAGGGGAGAAACCGUAUCGAUGUGAUAUCUGUGGUAUCUCAUUCUCUCAAGGAUCAAGCUUAACCAAACACAGGCAUAUUCACACAGGGGAGAAACCAUAUCACUGUGACGUCUGUGGUAGAUCAUUCUCUACAAGAAGUCACUUAACUACUCACAACCGUAUUCAUACAGGAGAAAAGCCAUAUCACUGUGACAUUGUGGUAAAUCGUUCUCAGCAACAGGUAACUUAACAUUUCAUAAGCGUAUUCACACAGGAGAGAAGCCCUAUCACUGUGAUAUAUGCGGGAUAUCAUUCUCUAAAACAAGUGACUUAACUGUACACAGACGCAGUCACACAGGGGAGAAGCCGUAUCACUGUGACAUCUGUGGUAAAUCAUUCUCCGGAUGUGGUGACUUAACGACACACAGACGCAUUCAUACAGGGGAGAAGCCGUAUCACUGUGAUAUUUGUGGUAAAUCAUUUGCUAAAGCAAGUGAUUUAACUAUACACAAACGCAUCCAUACAGGAGAAAAACCUUAUCACUGUGAUAUUUGUAGCAAGUCUUUCUCUAUAAGUGGUAACUUGACGAAACACAGACGAAUCCAUUCAAGAGAAAAACCAUAUCACUGUGAUAUCUGUGACAGAUUUUUUUCGCAAAAAAGU